GAGAGUUUUAGUUUUGUAAUAUUCUCACUCACACCUCAGAAACACUAUUUCAUUUGCAAAGAAAUGGGGGUUACAAAGGAACAAGUUCACUCUGCUUUGACCUCCAAAUUGAGCCCUAAACAUCUCAUUUGACACAUGUCCUCUAACUAAAAAGGGAUAAGCAAGAGGGUUUACUGCCGUUAGCAUCCCCUAUGAGGAUAGAAUGACAGUAAAGGAAGUAAUCGAUACAUCUGGAGGAUGCGGUGCGAGCUUUGCUGUUGAAAUUGUUUCAGAACAAUUUGAAGGGAAGAGGUUACUGGAGAGACAUAGGCUUGUGAAUAGUGCUUUGGCAGAAGAGAUGAAGGACAUUCAUGCUCUUUCAAUCAAGAAAGCUCUUACCCCAGAGCAAUGGAAACAACAACAAGAGUCUGAAAUUUCGAAAACUGUAACUUAAAUAUGCUUCUCAUCUCAACCGAUCAGAUACACAUUUAAAUUUGGUAGAUCAUAAGCACAAAUUGUUAUGUUAUAUUGUUUUGUGCGAGGGCAGUGAGCCUCCUCUCACUCACUUUUUAUGUAAUGUUUCUAUUAAUUAAUGACCUUGGUAUAAUUUAAGGCCAUCAACAAGUUUCGGUUUUA